AGGAAGUUGGGCUAUUCCCAACUGCCAGUGAUCUCUGAAGCCGACUCUGAGGCUCCCUCUUUGCUCUAAUAGACAGCAGAGACUUUAGGCUGGAUAAUAGUCAAAUUCUUACCUCGCUCUUUCACUGCUAGUAAGAUCAGAUUGCGUUUCUUUCAGUUACUCUUCAAUCGCCAGUUUCUUGAUCUGUUUCUAAAAGAAGAAGUAGAGAAGAUAAAUCCUGUCUUCAAUACCUGGAAGGAAAAACAAAAUAACCUCAACUCCGUUUUGAAAAAAACAUUCCAAGAACUUUCAUCAGAGAUUUUACUUAGGUGAUUUACACAAUGAAGAAAAUACACGCACUUUGGGCUUCCAUAUGCCUGCUGCUUAAUCUUGCCCCUGCGCAUCUUAAUGCUGAUUCUGAGGAAGAUGAAGAACACACAAUUAUCACAGAUACUGAGUUGCCACCACUGAAACUUAUGCAUUCAUUUUGUGCAUUCAAGGCGGAUGAUGGCCCAUGUAAAGCAAUCAUGAAAAGAUUUUUCUUCAAUAUUUUCACACGACAGUGUGAAGAAUUUAUAUAUGGGGGAUGUGAAGGAAAUCAGAAUCGAUUUGAAAGUCUGGAAGAGUGCAAAAAAAUGUGUAUAAGAGAUAAUGCAAACAGGAUUAUAAAGACAACAUUGCAACAAGAAAAGCCAGAUUUCUGCUUUUUGGAAGAAGAUCCUGGAAUAUGUCGAGGUUAUAUUACCAGGUAUUUUUAUAACAAUCAGACAAAACAGUGUGAACGUUUCAAGUAUGGUGGAUGCCUGGGCAAUAUGAACAAUUUUGAGACACUGGAAGAAUGCAAGAACACUUGUGAAGAUGGUCCAAAUGGUUUCCAGGUGGAUAAUUAUGGAACCCAGCUCAGUGCUGUGAAUAACUCACUGACUCCACAAUCAACCAAGGUUCCCAGCCUUUUUGAAUUUCACGGUCCCUCAUGGUGUCUCACUCCAGCAGACAGAGGAUUGUGUCGUGCCAAUGAGAACAGAUUCUACUACAAUUCAGUCAUUGGGAAAUGCCGCCCAUUUAAGUACAGUGGAUGUGGGGGAAAUGAAAACAAUUUUACCUCCAAACAAGAAUGUCUGAGGGCAUGUAAAAAAGGUUUCAUCCAAAGAAUAUCAAAAGGAGGCCUAAUUAAAACCAAAAGAAAAAGAAAGAAGCAGAGAGUGAAAAUAGUAUAUGAAGAAAUUUUUGUUAAAAAUAUGUGAAUUUGUUAUAGCAAUAUAACAUUAAUUCUACUAAAUAUUUUAUAUGAAAUGUUUCACUAUGAUUUUCGAUUUUUCUUCUAUUAAAAUGCUUUUAAUUAAUAUGUUCAUUAAAUUUUCUAUGCUUAUUGUACUUGUUAUCAACAUAUUUGUAUCAGAGUUACUUUUCUAAUCUUGUUAAAUUGCUUAUUCUAGGUCUGUAAUUUAUCAACUGGCUACUGGGAAAUUACUUAUUCUCUGGAUCCUUCUGUAUUUUCGUUUAACUACAAAUUAGCAUACUACCGGCUACAUCAAAUCAGUCCUUUGUUUCCAUUUGGUGACCAUCUGUUUGAGAACAUGACCAUGUAAAUGAUUAUCUCCUUUAUAGCCUGUAACCAGAUUAAGGAAUACAGCUCUUAAAAAAUCAAGAACUUCCUGAGUUUCACAUAUAAAAUGGUGACAAACACCUGCUUCUGAUAAAGUUUAUUCAAUUGUGUAUUUGAAAAGACUGGUAAUAACAGAAUUCUAUUAUGUGCUUCCCUCCUUAGACAUGGUUUCUCUCCUUUUGUACUAACCAGUACUUCCAUCUAUAUUGAGCUAAACUGUCUUUGAACAGUCAACUCUGCAUCAUGUGCCUGCCUGAUUUGGAUUGGUUUCACUUUUUUUGUUUGUUUGUUUGACCAUAGCCCAUUCUAUCAGUCAAAAUGAUUGAAUAAUUGUGUGUUAAAUACAACUCAUGAUAAGGAGAAACUUUAUGGAAACAAGAAGUUUUAUGGCAAGCGAAAGGAAAUUAUUUCUAUGUACUUCCUAAUACUAUGCUUCCCAAUAUUUUCUCUUACUAAAAAUAACAAAAAUAUUUAAACCUUCUGAAAUCUAUUCAGUUAUCAUUAGGAUUUGCACACAAUGCAACUAAUAAUUCAUGCUUUGAAAAGUAGGUUAUUUCUGUUGAAGAGAAAAUUAUCAGCAAGGAAGAGUCUACUAGAAAAUUCAUGGGCUAGUCACUCUUGGGGAUUGAAUAUUUCGCUGGAGUUAAUUCACUCUAUAUCCAGACCUAUAUCUUUCAUUUAUUGCUGAGCCACGUGCAGUCCGGCACUUCAACAACCUCAACAGCCUCCAAGACAUGUCAGUUUCUGUAGUGUUCACCUCAAAUUUGACACUGGAACUGGAACUGAUUUAGAAACAAACACUUCAUUCAUUUGGUAUAGCUUCAUGACUUCUCCCUAACAAUGAUAGUAUAAUUCUGCCUGUUCUUCAGGAUUGAAAUUUUGAACUCAAUUUAGAUUUCUUGUUUUCCCUCAUAUACCACAUCUAAACAGUCUCUAAAUCCUUACGCUUUUUUUCAAAAAAAUUCACCCAAUCCCUAGGCUUUUUACUUUUUUCUUUUUCUUUUCUUUUUUCUUCUUUUUUUUUUUCAUUUUGUUUUGUUUUGUUAUGUUUUUUUAGACAGGGUCCCACUCUGUCACCCAGGCUGGAGUGCAGUGGUGCAAUCACAGGUCACUGAAAUCUCCCACCUAGCUGGGACUACAGGUGCAGGCCACCACAUCAGCUAAUUUAUGUAAUUUUUUUAGAGACGAGUUUCACCACAUUACCCAGGCUUGUCUUGAACACCUGGGCUCAAGCAAUCUUUCAGCCCCAGCCUCCCAAAGUGCUGGGAUUACAGGUGCAAACCACAAUGCCCCCAUUUUUACUCUUUACUGCAUCCUUCCCAUCAGUAUUAAUUCCGCAGAAAUUUAGUACAUUCCUCCACCAUUUCAAAAUGCUCCCAGAACUCACACUAGUUGGUACUUAACUACAACCUUCAACCUCACCAUUUAAUUUUGAUGUAUAUUUUUGGGUUUACCUACAGUACUUUCUUUCAUGACUACUUUGAUUUAGUUAAGAAUGCUCACUGUACCCUGAAUGUUAAUUACUCAGCUAAUUCACACUGAUUUCCUGUUUAAAAUUAAGAUCCCUUCCGGGCCAUUCAUGUGAAGUCAGGGUACAGCUGAUGCCAGCUACAGAAUCACUAUGUUUCAAUAUGGAAUAUGAAAAGUUCUAACAUAUAAUUACAAAUCAUUUUCUACUGUGGUAUACAAAUUUUAUCAUUACAAAAUAAUAUCAGCUUUUUUCACUUAAGGAAAAUAUUACAUCUUGAUUCAAAUGUUCAGUGCAUAAAUAAUUGCCUUAAAUUAAGUCUUUGCUGUGGAAUUUGAGAGUUUUGGAAAUCAAAGGCCCUUGUGAAACAUUUCCUGUUGCCAUUUAUUUAUAGAUAGCAAUAGCUUCAAAUAAGUGGGAAGUCUACUUAUGUGAAGUGGUAAAUAGUCACUAAGAUUGUAUAAAUAGCGCAUAGAUGAGCUGCCUAAUUGUUUUCUCCAACAAUAACCACUGGUCCAUUGGUUCACUACUUACUCAAGAAAGACAUAUACUGAGAUGGCUUGAAAUGUUUAAUGCAUGUGAACGUUAUUUUUACCGUGUUUUGGAAGAAGAUCUUGAUGUUAUUGUCUUCAUUUUCCACAAUCAAAUGCAUCUAACUGUGAAUUGUAUAUGGAAUUACAUUAUUCGGCAUAUACAUAUAUGUACCUGCUUUGUUCAUUCUCUGUAUUCAAAAUUAACAGAUCAUGCUGAAAACCACUCAAACGAUUAUAUUUUUUACAUUAUAAGAAGUAAAAUAUAUUAUUCUGAAUAAUGAAA